AUGGGGGACGAGAAGCCGUCUCAUUACCUCCAAAAAAUCAGGAACCUCGCUAGUGGACAGAUCAAUGAGAAAGUGCUGCGAUCUUUGUUUUUGGAGCAGCUACCGGACAAUAUACGUAGCAUCCUGGUUAUUACCGAGACACAGGAUUUGGGUAAGCUGGCUUUGCAGGCUGAUAAGAUCGCCGAAAUGCAAGCGGUAAACGUGGCGGCGGUGUCGUUCACAUCAACGGCGUCUUCACCGCCCGACAAGAUGACGGCGCUGCAGGAACAAAUCGGGGCAUUGACCAAGAUGGUGGAAACGCUGACGACACGAGUCAGCCGAGUGGAUCAGCGAUCAUGGCGACAAUGGCGGAGAAGGCGUAGCAACUCGAGGGAACCCAGGUCACCUCACCGAUCGAGGUCGAACGAUGGCCUAUGUUUUUACCAUCGACGGUUCGCGGACAGGGCGAACCGGUGCAUUAUCCCAUGCAGUUGGACAGGACCACCACCACACGGACCUUCGGGCAAUAGGAGCCCAGCACAGCUGCCGGAAAACUAG